AUGGAAAGGAUAUCAUGCGAUGUGUUGGAAGGUGGUGGGGCGUUGGCUGAAGUUAUGGGAUUCUAUGAGGCUCAGCAGCAAAAGGAGCAAGAAGAGAGAGAUUGGUAUACAUGCCAGGAAGGAAUCGCUGGUGAGGACAGAGAACUGAAUGAUGCAAGUUUGGAGAAUGACAGGGAUGUGCAUGAUGCUCAUGGUGGACGAUUAGAGAUUAUAAUGAAUUUGCCAGAGCUGGUUGUCCAGGCAAUGACAUUAAUGGUUCGGUAUCUUCGGCAGUUUGGUCUCGAAGAGAUUCUGACAAUGGAAUCAUCAUUUCGUCCACUGUCAAGAAGCAGUGAGAUGAAUCUCUCAGCUAAUGCUCUGUGUCAGUUGGAGAUCCUCCAAAAUAAAGCUGAUGGUAGGGAGAAGGGUUCUCUUCUGUGGCUCAUGGACCAAACUCAUACAGCGUUUGGUGCGCGCUUGAUGUGGCAUUGGGUCUCACAUCCACUGAAGGACCGAUCAAUGAUCGAGGCAAGGCUUGAUGCAGUAAGUGAAAUUGCAGAGAGCAUAGCGAGUUCAACGACAACACUAGGUGAAGGACGGUUCCCUGGAAGUGGCAAGGGGGGUGGGGGAGCAAGCAUGUCAGGUGUCGGUGGAGCAGGAAUCUCUGGGAGUGGAAGUCGGGCAGGGCAGGGGGUGUUAGGGAGUGUCCUUUCAACACUGAAGAGGAGCCCAGACCUUGAGCGUGGCAUCACACGAAUUUUCCAUCGAACUGCAACUCCUGCUGAGUUUGUUUCAGUUAUUCAGGUGCUGUCAUCAGCAGCAAAGAGCACAAGGCGUCUCAUAGGGGAGCAGCAUGAAGCAGAGAGUUCUGGCGAGUCCCAGGAAGCUGGUAGACCCUGCAUUUCUGCUGAAGAAUGUAGCAUUGGAACUCUGGCCAGGGGUAGUGUGAGGUCCUCCCUGUUGAAAAGACUGAUGAUGGCAGCCUCAUCCCACAAAGUCUUGGAAGAAUCUGCAAGAAUGCUGUCAGCUGUGAAUGUGACAGCAGCAAUUGCCGGGGACAAACUCCAGCUAUUCAACUGCUCGACUGGACGGUUCCCAGAGGUGGCACGAUGCAAGGCAGCCAUCAAAGCAGCAGAGAAGAAACUGGAUGAUUUACUACCAGAACUCCGGAAGUUAUUGCGGAUGCAUUCCCUCCAGUAUACUUCUGUGUCAGGCACCCAUUAUCUCAUAGAGGUUCCUUUAGAUCAGAGAGUCCCGGCGGACUGGAUCAAAGUCACUAGCACAAAGAAGGUGCACAGAUACCAUCCACCUGCUGUUCUCAAUGCUUACGAUAAACUGGCGUUAGCGAAAGAGGAGCACAGCGCAUCGUGUAGCCGUGCAUGGGAGACCUACUUGGCUGAAUUCUCCAAGCACUACACCGACUUUCGAAAUGCUGUGCAAGCGCUGGCGGCACUCGAUUGUCUCUAUGCACUUGCGAUCUUGUCAAGGAAUCAGGGGUACGUGAGACCAGAAUUUGUGGAUGAUGCUGCCCCUUCCCAGCUGGUCAUCAGCGAUGGUCGUCACCCUGUAUUGGAGGCGACUCUGCAAGAUGGCUUUGUUCCUAAUGACACAAAGCUGGAGGAGGUUGGAGAGAAGUGCCAGAUCAUCACAGGACCUAACAUGGGUGGAAAGAGCUGUUACAUUCGGCAAGUCGCAUUGAUUACCAUCAUGGCACAGGUGGGCUCGUAUGUGCCGGCGACAGUGGCACGACUCCAUGUUGUGGAUGGAGUUUACACACGCAUGGGGGCGAGUGACAGUCUGCAGAAGGGGAGAAGCACCUUCCUUGAGGAGUUGAGUGAGACAAGCAGCAUUCUGCAGGGGGCAACAAACCGCUCACUCGUUAUUAUUGACGAGCUGGGGCGUGGGACCAGCACUCAUGAUGGUGUUGCGAUCGCCUACGCGACACUGAAACAUCUCCUUAAGGAGACAAAAUGUCUGACACUUUUUGUGACCCACUAUCCGAGCGUGGCAGAGUUGGUGGUGGAGUUUACAGGUCAGGUGGCAGCAUACUUUGUCUCCUUCCUGGCAUCGCAAUCUUCACAAACAGCGGCGGCAUCGUCUUUAAAAGCAGGCAAGGUCGAUGCGCAACACGCACACAAAGGGACGAGUGAUGGAGCUGGUGCUGGAAAGGAGUCUGCAAGCGAUAUUACCUUUCUCUACAAACUAGUGCCAGGCGUCGCAAGCUGCAGCUUUGGCCUCCAUGUUGCUAAGCUGGCGGAGAUCCCUCAAGCGGUGAUUGACCGGGCUGCUGUGAUGGCAUCGAGCCUACAGGCUGAAGUUCUGGCGAGAGAAAAGCUGAGGUCUAGAAAUGUGUUAGCACAGCACAAUUCGGACCGAGCAUCACUUCCGAGUUCAGCACGGCAGGUGGAGGACAGUGCAGACGAGCUGCAAAGAUCCGAGGAUGAACGGUUGAGAUUGUUUGGCAGCGCUCCCCACCGCGUCUUCAGAAAUGAAGUCGCAGGGGACGGGCACGGACACACUGGUAAUGAAAAUGAGCUUUCCUUACAGAGUCUCAAGGAAGGGCAAGGUCACAACGAGGGUGAGCGGUCUGGCAGUGUUCUCAAAUUGCAGAGCAAGGAGGGAGAUCAGGGACAAAGAGAUGAUGAAGUGAGAUCGAUUACAUACGGGUGCAAUUCAAAAGGUUUUUCUGAGCUGAUGUCAGCAGCAAAGGAUGCGCUGUGCCUGACAAUGAAAGCGGUCAGACGGGGCGAGGUUGAUGUACAGGAUAUGAAGUUGUUGCAAACCAAGGCCAGUGCACUGAUAUAAGAAGUGGUGAAUGGGUGUGAAGCGGGAAAUAAAAUGGCAAAUUGUAGCACUUGCGGUUCAUGGACCCCCAAUUUGCACUCACGGUUCAUGGACCCUGGUAUUCUUCGCGCCGUUGCGUAAUAAAAUGGCAAAUCGUAG